AGUCACAGCGCCAUCGUGUGUUAAUGGGGAGAAGAUGCAACAGUGAAUUGUUCACAUGGUGUUUUAGGACAAGGUGUGUGGGAGUAAAUGUGGGUGUGACACAUUUAAACUGGAAGGCUUGAGCAGGCAGGAACAAGCAGAGCUCAGUUGGCAAGAACACACCGGAGAGAAUGGAUUCAGACAAGAAAGUCACGAUUCUGAGAGAAGGAUUCCUGGUGAAAAGGGGUCAUGUUGUGCACAACUGGAAGGCCCGCUGGUUUGUUCUGACACCAGAGAAGCUGCUUUAUUACAAAUACGAUGGAAGCAGAAGAGACUCGUGUCAGAGAGGGAAGAUCCUGCUGAAGGACUGUGUGAUAACUUGUCCUUUCCUGGAAUUUGAAAAUCGACCGCUGGUGUUCAAGCUGCAGACGAAGCAUGGCGUGAACCAUUUUCUGGAGGCUUGUUCCAGAGAGCAGAGAGACGAGUGGGCAGCAGAAAUCACCGCUGAGGUCAACAAGCUGCAGACGAAUGAAGGUGUGAAGGCCACCAAGCAGCAAGAGCCUGGUGGUUCCCAGCUACACAACAUCAACCUGAGUAAAGUGUUGGACUCCAUGUACGAUGUCCACAGCGGCAUCAAGAUGAGCAACCAUGUGGAGCAGGGCAGCACCUACAGCAACUGUUUCUCAGGCUCGGCGGUGGUGGACUGGCUGGUGUUCAUGCAGCUCGCUCUGACCCGUGUGGAGGCCGUGACUUUGGCCUCGGCUCUGCUGGAGGAAGGUUUCCUGAGAACCGUCGGCCUGAAGAGUGUCGCUGCUCUCAGGACCGCAGGACUCAGUGAGCAGUUCAUGGACGACUCCACUGCUCUUUACAGCUUCUCUGACAGUCUGAAGAAAAGAGGCAGCGUGAAGGCAGAGACGUCGCUUUCUGCAGUGGAGCUCAGUGGAACCGUGAAGAAGAGAGGAUUUCUGCUCAAACAGGGACACAGGAGGAAGAACUGGAAGGUGCGACUGUUUGUGUUGCGUUCAGAACCUGCUUUCCUUCACUAUUAUGAUCCCACCUCGGAUGACAUCAGCCCCGUGGGCGGCUUCUCGCUGCGAGGAUGCCUGGUGUCGUCUCUGGAUGAUAACGGAGUUCCCUCAGGUGUGAAAGGCAACAUUCAAGGCAACCUGUUUAAAAUCAUCACUCAGUCAGACACACAUUACUUCAUCCAGGCUCCGAGCCACCAGGACAAGAUGGACUGGAUCGAUGCGAUCAGAGAGCAAACAUAGAGCUGCUGCUUCCACAUAAAAAUGUAUCUUGUGCUUUUAAUCUGCUAUGAAGAAGACUGAUUUCAAACAUUCUGUGAAUGUGCUGUAGCAACAAAAUGAAUGAAAGCAUCAGUGGUUCAGAACAUUUCUGUUCAUCUGUCUCUGAAUUUCUGGCACUUUUAGUCUGAUUAUUGUGUAUUUUAGAGUUUUUACCCAACAGUUGUAGCAAUUUCUUUUACAUUGGUAAUUUUUCAUGUGUUUUUCAAAUUAAUAAAAAUAAUAAUUUGAACUACUUUCAA